ACACUACUGCGUGCUACUCCGGCUCUAUAUAUAUCACGAUCACGAGACACGAGUCACUCGUCCGAUCCGAUCACACGCAUCGCCGGCCAUGGCCAUGAUGAGCGGCAUGGACGGCGGCAGCAACGUCGUGAAGGUGGCCGCCGUGGUGGACGCGGAGAACCCUGCCGUGGGGCCGCCGCCGUGCGCGGUGGACUCCGACGACCUGUCGCAGCGCGCCAACUGGCUGCGCGCGGCGGUGCUUGGCGCCAACGACGGGCUGGUGUCGACGGCGUCGCUGAUGCUGGGCGUGGGCGCCGUGAAGGCGGACGCUCGCGCCAUGGUGAUCUCCGGCUUCGCGGGCCUCCUGGCGGGCGCGUGCAGCAUGGCCAUCGGCGAGUUCGUGUCCGUGUGCUCCCAGCGCGACGUGGAGCUGGCGCGGCUGGACCGCGGCGGCGGCGACGACGAGAAGGCGGCGCUGCCCAGCCCCGUGCAGGCCGCCGCUGCGUCCGCGCUGGCUUUCUCCGUGGGCGCGCUGCUGCCCCUGCUGGCCGCCGGUUUCAUCGCCGACUACAGGCUGCGGAUUGGAGUGGUGGCGGCCGUGGCCACCGCCACGCUGGCCGCGUUCGGCUGCGUCGGCGCCGUGCUGGGGCGCGCACCCGUGGCGCGGUCGUGCGCGCGCGUCGUCGGCGGAGGCUGGGUCGCCAUGGCCGUCACCUUCGGCCUCAUGAGACUCUUCAAGGCCAGCGGUAUAUGAAGGAUGGGAGAGGCGUGGCAGGGCGGGCCUCACGCUUCUGGUGUGUGUGACUGCUGCUCGGUCGGUGCUGCAUGCUGCUAGCUCUGCUUCCAUGCAUGUGCCUCCUGUGCGUGCACCUCCUAGCUAAACCAUGCAUAAUUAAUAACAUAUAUAUACUUAUUAGUAUAUUAGUAAUUACCAUGAUAGAUAUAUAUGAUGCACGCACACGCGUGUGCUAGCUAGCUACAAGCAGCUCGAUGGCUCAAUCCCCUUGCUAGUUUUGCAUGCAUCGACUAUGCGGUCAUGUGCUGCUGUUGUUGAACACCGAUCGAAGCUUGUUACCAUGCAUGCAGAUCAGCUAGGUUUUGAGCCAAUUAACGUAAUGCUUACCUUGUACUGGUCUAGCUAUGCUAGCUACUCGAUCUGAUCAAGAGUGAUCCAUGUGCAAGACUAAGGCUUGCAUGUGUUGUAAGCAUUAUACUUUAAAAAAUAUAUGUACAACUAAGUCUAAUAUAUAAUUUAUGAGUUUAUC